CUGAGGGAGAGAAGAUGUUGGAGAAGAUGGAGGGGACGGAGAGGGAGAAUGUGCUCAGCUCGCGGCCUCACUAGAGGCUUCUCCUGCUCCUCGACCUGCUGUCCUUCACCUUCACGCUCCCUCCUCUUCCUCUUCCCCGCCCGACCGCCAGGAUGACCGUGGUUUCCUGCGAGAACAUGGACGAGACCUCCACGCUGCCGGGCCACCCGCAGGACCUGUACCCGCCCGACGACGACCACGACGACCACGACUGCUGCGAGCGCGUCGUCAUCAAUAUCUCGGGGCUUCGCUUCGAGACGCAGCUCAAAACUCUGGCUCAGUUUCCAGAGACGCUGCUCGGGAACCCCAAGAAGAGGAUGCGUUACUUCGACCCGCUGCGAAACGAAUACUUCUUCGACAGGAAUCGCCCAAGUUUUGACGCCAUCUUGUACUACUAUCAGUCCGGGGGGAGGCUACGGAGGCCGGUCAACGUGCCGCUGGAUAUGUUCUCAGAGGAGAUUAAGUUUUACGAACUUGGCGCGGAGGCCAUGGAGAAGUUUCGCGAGGACGAGGGAUUUAUCCGCGAGGAGGAGCGCCCGCUGCCAGAGAAAGAGUUCCAGCGGCAGAUCUGGCUCCUCUUCGAGCACCCGGAGAGUUCAGGGCCCGCCCGGGGGAUCGCCAUCGUCUCCGUCAUGGUCAUUCUUAUUUCAAUAGUCAUAUUUUGUUUGGAGACUUUACCCGAGCUGAAGGAGGACCCCAGCCAGAGGUUCAGGGUCGUUGGAAACAUCACCGUUUACUACAAACCCAACUUCCUCACCGACCCCUUCUUCGUGGUGGAGACGCUCUGCAUCAUCUGGUUUUCUUUUGAGUUGAUCGUGAGGUUCUUCGCGUGCCCCAGCAAGGCAGCGUUCUUUAAAAACAUGAUGAACUCCAUCGAUAUCGUGGCUAUAAUCCCGUACUUCAUCACGCUGGGCACGGAGCUGGCAGAGGACCCGGACGAGGUCGGGAAAGGAAGCGGAGAACAAGCAACUUCUCUGGCUAUCCUGAGAGUCAUCCGCCUGGUGAGGGUCUUCAGGAUCUUUAAGUUGUCUCGGCACUCCAAGGGUCUUCAGAUUCUGGGCCAAACUCUCAAAGCCAGCAUGCGAGAGCUGGGUUUGCUCAUCUUCUUCCUCUUCAUCGGAGUCAUCCUCUUCUCCAGCGCCGUGUAUUUCGCCGAGGCCGAGGAGAAAGAGUCGUUCUUCACGAGCAUCCCGGACGCCUUCUGGUGGGCCGUGGUCUCCAUGACGACGGUGGGAUACGGAGACAUGUACCCGGUGACCAUCGGAGGAAAGAUCGUGGGUUCGCUGUGCGCCAUCGCCGGAGUUCUAACCAUCGCUCUGCCCGUUCCUGUCAUCGUGUCCAACUUCAACUACUUCUACCACCGCGAGACGGAGGGCGAGGAGCAGGCGCAGCUCCUCAACGUCAGCAACCAGAACCUGGCGUCCGAAACCAACUCCAGCCGCAGAAGCUCGUCCGCCGUCAGCAAGUCGGAGUACAUGGAGAUAGACGAGGACAUGAAGAACAGCAUCGAUAACUUUAGAGAGGCCAACCUUAGGACUGCCAACUGCACGGCGCCAAAUCAAAACUGCGUGAACAAGACGAAGCUCCUCACCGACGUGUGAGCCGGAAGGGAAAUCACCGCCGCUGUAAAUACUGUAGAAAAAUAACCUCGAUGCUUUAUCUCCAUUGGUGCAUUUUACUCUUCUUUUGCAUUGAAUCAUUCAAAAGACUUUCAAAAAGGAGACACACAUGAUUGGUUAAUUUAUAUCGAACAGUUAUUUCACGAGGAAAACUUCAAACUAUAAGACUUUGGCAAUAGUGCAAAAUAUCAGCAGGUGUCGGGGGAGGAUUUCUGGUUCAUUGUUCGUGAGCUGUGAGACCGACAGGAACAAUGAUCAGAGCUUUUGAUGCAGAAAUGUCAGAAAACGCUGUUUCCAGCCUCUCAGAGAGCGACGUCACGCUUCUCUGUUUUAUCUCUGACAAAACAAGACGUUUAGAAACUAGGAGACAGAAUAGUCUGUCUAGGGAACGACUGAUAUGAGGUUAUCUCCAGCCUCGCUGCUUCAAUUUGGACCAAAUGUACCAGCUUUUAUCGGACAAGAAGGGUCUAAGGAGAGACAUUACGGGACUUAUUAAGGAGGUGCAUUAUGGGAAAUGUAGGAACCAAACUUUAGACAAAAGUCAGGAUAUCUUUGGGUCCAAUAUUUUUUUAAAA